CCCGCUCCCGCCGGCCCUUUAGCCCCGGGCGCUGCGUCCCCUGGCGGCCGCGAAGGGAAACGGCCGUGGCUCGGCCUUUCCCUUCCUAAAGGGACCGACGCCCAAGCCUCCCCCGCCCGCGGCCCCCGCCAGGCUUGGGCGUUUGCGGACGCGCCACCCCGCGCCCUCCGCCAUAUACAUUCAAAGAAGAGGAGCGCCCCAAACCCAGCCGUCCAGUAGUGCCUCCCUUGAUCCCCCCAAAGAUCCCAGAGGGGGAGCGCGUGGACUUCGAUGACAUCCACCGGAAGCGCAUGGAGAAGGACCUCCUAGAGCUGCAGACGCUCAUCGAUGUACACUUUGAGCAGCGCAAGAAGGAAGAGGAGGAGCUGGUGGCACUGAAGGAUCGCAUCGAGCGGCGCCGGGCAGAGAGGGCUGAGCAGCAGCGCUUCAGGACCGAGAAAGAGCGUGAGCGGCAGGCCAAACUGGCGGAGGAGAAGAUGAGGAAGGAGGAGGAGGAGGCCAAGAAGCGCGCAGAGGACGACGCCAAAAAGAAGAAGGUGCUGUCCAACAUGGGAGCACAUUUCGGGGGUUACCUGGUCAAGGCGGAGCAGAAGCGGGGCAAGCGGCAGACCGGGCGAGAGAUGAAGCUGCGGGUCCUGUCAGAGCGGAAGAAGCCCCUGAACAUCGACCACAUGGGAGAGGAGCAGCUCAGGGAGAAGGCCCAAGAGCUGUCAGACUGGAUCCACCAGCUAGAGUCUGAGAAGUUUGAUCUGAUGGCCAAACUGAAGCAGCAGAAAUACGAGAUCAAUGUGCUGUACAACCGCAUCAGCCACGCCCAGAAGUUCCGGAAAGGCGCAGGAAAGGGCCGUGUCGGAGGUCGCUGGAAGUGAGGAUGCCAAGAUGUGAUCCCCUCAGGACUGGGAGCUAUCAGAUCUGUCUCAUCUGUAGCUUGAAAUAAACGUCCCCCUGAGACACCUGC